ACGAGGCAAGUGGGGGAACCUUGCGAUGGUUCUUCUGGAAAUAUGUUUGGCCGUUCUGGUCGGGGCUGUGCUUCUAUACAAGUGGUCCACAGCCACACACAACGCGUUCGAUGGGCGUGGCAUUUACUUUGAGAAGCCAACGCCAUUUUUUGGCAAUAUGGUGGCAUCUUUUCUGGGUCGAAAGUCGUUUCCCAGGCAACUCAGCGAGUUCUACCAACGCACAAAGAAGCACAAAAUUGUUGGCAUAUUUAGUAUGCGCAUGGCCAUGAUCCAGCUGAACGAUCCCGAAAUUAUCAAGAAGAUUUGCGUGAAGGACUUUGAUCACUUUCCCAACCAUCAGGUCUUUGCCCAGAGUAACGAACUUCUCGUCAACGACAUGUUGACUGUGAUGAGGGAUCAGCGCUGGAAGCACAUGAGGAAUACUCUAACCCCCGUCUUCACGGCAGCCAAAAUGCGCAGCAUGUUCGCCCUCAUGGGAGACAGCUUUGGGGAGUGCCUCGAUCACUUGUCGGGACUAUCGAAGGGUUCCUCAGCUGGAGAGGGUGUCGAGGUGGACAUGAAAGUGCUCUGCAAUAAGUUAUCCAACGAUCUGAUUGCCACCACCGCCUUCGGACUGAAGGUGAACUCCUUUGAGACCCCCGACAAUGAGUUCUACCAAAUUGGUCAGUCUGUAACCUUUGCCAGUGGAUCGCAGCUCUUCAAGUUCAUGCUGGCCACCCUCUUGCCAAAAGUUUUUCGUUUCUUUAAACUAAAGAUCUUUAACGCGGAAAAAGUCGAAUAUUUUGUCCGUUUGGUGGUGGAUGCCAUGAAAUAUCGCGAGGAGCACAACAUCAAUCGUCCCGACAUGAUCCAGCUGCUGAUGGAGUCCAAGAAGGAGUCCGAGGACAACUGGACUGACGAUGAGAUCGUGGCCCAGUGCUUUAUUUUCUUCUUUGCUGCCUUCGAGAACAACGCCAAUCUGAUCUGCACCACUUCCCUGGAGCUGCUCGAGAACCCCGACAUCCAGCAGCGCCUCUACGAGGAGGUGAAGGAGGUGCAGGAAUCCCUCAAGGGUGGACCACUCACCUACGAUGUAGUGCAGAAGAUGAAGUUCAUGGACAUGGUCAUCUCAGAGUCGCUUCGCAAGUGGACCCUGGCAGUGGCCACAGAUCGGCUUUGCUCCAAGGACUAUACUCUUAUAGAUGACGAUGGCACGAAGUUGUUCGACUUUAAGGUCGGUGAUCAAGUUAGUGUUCCAAUUUCCGCUCUCCACUGGGACGAUGAGUAUUUCCCCGAGCCCUUAAAGUUCGAUCCGGAGCGGUUCAGCGAUGAGAGGAAGAACGACAUUGUGCCCUAUACCUAUUUGCCUUUUGGGGUGGGUCCACGGAACUGCAUUGGCAGUCGAUAUGCACUGAUGCAGGUCAAGGGCAUAUUUUACAACCUGCUGAUCAGGUACAAGAUCGAGAGAUCGCCCAAGACCGUCAAGGAUUUGUAUGCACAGCAACGCGGCUUCACCAUAGCUCCCAAGGGUGCCUUCUGGAUGCGCCUGGUGCCUCGGCAAUAAAUUGAUAACCAAUCGCCGAUAAACGAUCAAAUAAACUUUUUUAUGUUUUUAUAUUUCCAAACA